UACCUGUUGUUUGAUACUAGUUAUUAAAUUUUAAAAUUCUUUUUUUUUUUUGUCUCCAAAUACACAUAUCUUAUACAGUGCAUGAACUGUGCAUACUUGAAGGUUUUAUGAUUAUUUUAUAUAUUAUGAAUUACUACAAUUGGAACUGUCAUAAUUCAGAUAAUGAUAGUGUUAGUAGUGACGAUACUGAUUACUUGAUAAAUACACCUUGUAAUGUCGAUGUCAGCGAUUUUGAAACUGAAGUAAUGAGCUCAAGCAAUGUUAUAAACAAAACUUUAAACAAUGUUGUUUCCAGUUAUUUCUUAGACAAAAAACCUACUAUGAGCUCUGUGAAGCCUUUGCAAAGGCCCAGAAAUAUUGCAAAUGGUCAUCUUAGAUCUAAGAGUUUUGAAGAAAAAACACCAAGAAGUCGUUCGGGUGAUGUUUAUUAUGUGAAUGACAGUGUUAUACUAUCUGUUUCAUUUGUAGAUAAAAUGGAUGAAAAAGUAAAAGAAGGCCAAGAGAUACUUAAACGCCUACUUGCUGGAUCUAAUGCAUUGCAAAAAGAUAAAUCAAACUUAGGUUCUGCAAACAAAAGAACUGAAAAAUUCUUAUCUCCUACUUCAAGAGAAAUUAUUGAUCGCUAUUCAUUAAAGUUACAUAAUAAUUUUUCAGCGACAGCUGAUGCAACUAAACUUAAUGAUCUGUAUGAAAAUCGAAUUUUACCAUCACGUCCUUUAUCAUAUGACAGCAUCUGUGGGCUGGGUUCUCCAAUAAAUAGAACAGGGUCUGCCAAUGCAUGGAAUUCAAGGCCUUACAGUUCAUUAAGUAAUCACAACAAUAAAGAAAAUGAUUUUCAGUUUAAAAGAAAUUGCAGUCAAGAAGAAGUCCAAAUAAAAGAUAUAGAAAAAUCCCAAACUGUCAUUCCACAUUCUACAUUCCACUUUAAACAACAAUCACCUGUAACUUUUAAAAAACUUCCAGAGUUUGAGGAGAUACCAAACAAGUCUUCUUGCGCCUCAAACACUGUUAACACAGAAAAUAUAUCGGAAGAAACAAAAAAUCUUUUUGAAUCAUCCAACCAAAAUUCAGAUGAUGACAGCGAUCAAGUACCAAAAAUUUACUUGCAAUCUUCUUUUACUUCAGGAGAAGUUUCACUUGAAGAAGAAAAUGUUUCUAAUAAAAAGACUCAAGAAGAAAGUGACGUUUUGUUUUCUAGUUUUAUAAGUAACAGCAGUAAAGAAAACAUUGAAGAGCAUUCAAAACAUAUUACAAACGAACUUUGUUUCUUGCAAGAGGUUCAUCAAAAAGAAACAGAUUCUUUACUUACUACAGUGGAGCUGCUACGUCAGCAAAAAAAUACCCUUUUAGAUCAUGUGCACCAGUUAAAAGAUGCUUUAUCUAAUAAAAAUCAAGCAUUUUCUGACCUUCAAGAUCGAAUGAACAUUAAAACAAAACAAUAUUUGACUGAUGAACUUGAACGACAAAAUCUUAAAGAUGAGGUUUCAAUUUUGACCAAUACAAAAGCUUGGCUAGGUAAUCAUAUUGCUGAGUUGGAAAAGGCUCUAAAUGAUCAAUGUAAUCAACUGAAGGAGUUAGAAAAACUGUUUAACAAAGAAAGAGAAGCAGAAAAAUUGAUAUCUAUGAAAAAAGAUGAAGAGAUUGCUCGUUUACAUGAAAGUCUUCAAGAGUUUCACAAUAGAAGCUUGCAGUUGAAUGAAGAAAUAUGCAUUCAUUCACUAAAACAAGAAGAAGUCAUAACAGAACAAAAGAUUUAUCAACUAAAGUUAGAAGAGGAGAUUGAAGCAGAGCGAAAACUCUGUCAACAAAAAGUGGAUGAUGCAAUUGCAGGAGAGCGCAAAGCUAAUCAGAAUUUUUAUGAAGAAGAGUUAAAGAAACAACAUCAAGGAUUUGAAAUAAAGCUAAAUAAUAUUAUAGCGGAAAAUCAUGCAAAAUAUAAAAAUGAACUUGACAUAAUUCUUGAAGAAAACAGAAAAUUGAAGCAGCAGGUGGAAACCAUUCAGUUUGAUCUUUUAUCUGAGCAGAAUCGCAAAUUAACCCAGCAAUAUCGAUAUGAAGAUCAAAUAAAUGAGUUACAAACAAAGGUAGAUACAAAACAGAAUCUUUUAAUAAAUUUGGAGUCUGAAUUGCAUCAGGUGAAAGAGCAGUUUAAAAAAGAUUAUCAACAAAUGGAGUUGCGAUGCAAUGAAUUGCUAUUAACAAUAAAUCAAAAAAAUGAAGAAAUUCGUCAUCUUAAUGAAGUAGUACUUAUAGAAAAAUCUGAGCUUGCACAAGCAAAUGAAGAAAAAAUUAAUUUAAAAAAUGAUUUUUAUGAGACAAUGAAACAAAAGAAUGAGAACAUACAACAUCUAAAUGAAAUUAUUUUAAUAGAUAAAUCAGAGCUUUCAAAAACCAUAGAAGAAAGAACUGCUCUAAAAAACAAGUUGUACGAAUAUGAAAAACAAAUGAAAUCAGCUGCAAUAGAGUUACUUGAAGAAUGCUCCAAAAUGAGAAUUAUAGCUGGAUCACCCCCAUCAACUAAGCAAAAAAAUUUUGAAUAUUCAAAAGAUCAAAGUUCUUUAAGUGAAGCAAUGGCUACUUUAUCUUCUCAGCUAAAAUAUUUUUGUGGGUUUGUACAAUCCUUACAACAAGAAAAUGAAUCAUUAAUGCAGAAUAAUGAUGAGUUAGCUGUAUGCGGCACAUUGCCAUCAUCAGCAAAGUUACUACGUCAUUUUCAACUGCGUUUGAAGAUGAUGAGGAAGGAGAAUGAAGCAUUGCGAGAGAGACACAUUGAUACAAUGAAUCAAGAGCAUUUUUCUAAUGCUGAUGUUGUACUGCAAAAUAAAGUUCAAGAACUUCAACAUUGUUUACAGGAAAAAGAGAAAGAUAUCAAUCAGAAAACAGUCGAUUUGAUGAACAUGCAAGUUGCUAUUAGCAGGUUGGCAAAGGAGAAAACAAAGCUGGAAAAAGCUCAUGCAAAAUUGCUAGCUGAUUGGGACCAGAAAGGUCAUAUUAAGGAAGUACAGUUUGCCCCACCUUUACCAUCAACACAUGUAGUUGCCUUGGGACCUACUUACCCAGGUACAACAAUAACUAAAACAAUUGUACCCAGUGAUUGCAUUUCUUGGCAUCGUCCUUUCCCUAACUAUAAUCCUGUGAUGUAUACUGCUGAAAUUGUUUUGAAGAAUCCAGAAUGGGCUGAUAAAGAAAUUGGAGGGGGUCAGUCACCAAAAAUGUUGUUCAAUUCAAUGGAUGGUAAAGUUAACAGAAAAAGUCAUAUGGGCCAUUAUGCUGUGGUAGAUGGUUAUCCAAGAAAUCCUGUUGGAAGAACUGGAAUGAUUGGAAGAGGACUACUUGGUAGAUGGGGUCCUAACCAUGCUGCUGACCCAAUACUUACAAGAUGGGGAAGAAGCUCAAACGGCUCUAUUGUCAAACAUUGUGGGCGCCCUGUUCUAGAGUUUGUUGCAAUUCAAAGAAAAGAUUCUGGUCAAUGGGCUAUACCUGGGGGUAUGGUUGAUCCUGGGGAGAAAAUUUCGGCAACACUUAGACGUGAAUUUAGUGAGGAAGCUCUUGGAUCCCUAGACAUGACUGUUGAAGCUCAAGCAUUACUGCGUGAUAAGAUUAAAGAGCUUUUUAAACACGGAACAUUAGUUUACAAAGGUUAUGUUGACGAUAUUCGGAAUACAGAUAACGCUUGGAUGGAAACUGUAGCUGUUAACUUUCAUGACGAUGAUGGAAACAGUAUUAGCCAUCUACCUUUAAAAGCUGGUGAUGACGCUAAAAAUGUACAAUGGAUGAAAAUAGAUAAAAAGUUGGAAUUAUACGCCAAUCAUGCUGAUUUUAUACGUCAGACUUGUGAGAUGCGUGGCGCGUAUUUCUUUAUCGAAUAACAAAAAUAUUAUUAGGUCUUUUAAAGAAAUUUUUAUCAAAACCACAUUUUUAUAAAAGGGCAAAAUCAAAUUAAAUGAUAUUGUUUUGUAAUUUAAGCCAUGUUUUCUUAGCUUAAACGUGUUUUAUUGCGCCAAUUUUUGUGAAUACUGUUGUAAUUAGAGUCAGUUAGUAGAAUCUUUUAAUACGCUGGACUGGAUCGGCAUCUAAAUAAAUUAUUUAAAUUUUUCUACAUAUUAUUCUGUUACAGUUUUAGUUUUAGUUCAUUCACGAAAAAACUAAGAUUAAAUCUUUAAAUGAAUCCGUGGACUUUUUUUUAUUACGCUCAUGUGCAAAUAUAAAAAAGGCGAAUCUUAUUUAUAUUUCCAUUUCUAGAUGCAGUAUGUUUUGUAUGCAUACGUGUGACUUUUUUUUAUAGAAACAUUAAGAAAUUUUAGUGAAAAUUUUUAUUGUAAUUUAUAGAUGUAAAUU